AUGUCACUGGAUUAUCAAUCAUUAUUUGGAAAUUACACUAACCACUCGAAUUUAAACCGAACAUUUGCCACUAAGGUAACUCUGGGGUUCAUGGAUAAAGAUGCCCAUGCUGAAGGUGUUAAAAUGGAUGGCCUUGGGGCGUUGGAUUCUGCCACUACUCUUGCUUGUGGCGACGAACUCCCAAGUAAAGUUGUUACAUCCGGUCUAGACCCAAAACAAAAAGAGUCUCCAACUUCACAUUUAAAUUCAGCCUUGUCAUCCACGUCAAAUGACUCUACUGUCACUAAUUUAUCUGAUACUUUUCAGUUGAAUGAUGAGACAUUUUUCAAGAGCAGCUACUUGGCAACACCGGCUAAUUUCAAAGGCGAGGUACAUUUGCAACCUCUGGAUUAUAGCAAUGACACGGAAUUUGAUACAAAAAUGCAAUCAUCUAAACUUUCCAACACCUCCAGUAUAGACACAGAAUUACCGCUACAUGAAGAUUACCACUAUCAUAAAAAUGCCCACAACAACAAACAACCACGUCAUAAUUCAGCCCCAAGCUAUAUGCAGCAUCAUCAGUUUUUGAAUGAUAUAGCAUUUGGCACCACUGCAACCAAUGGACUAAAUUACAAGCACAGCUAUCAAGAAGAAAUCGCUAGUAAUGUGUCUACAAACUCCUUGAACCAGUACUUUGCUACUCCAAAUUCAUCAAUAAGUUCGGCAUCGUCGUCUUCAUCAACUUCAAAUGCCUUUGCUGCAGGUUCAGCAUCGGAUUUCAAUAAGCAGAUUACUGGCGGUAAUGUUGACUCAAGUGGAGCAAAUUUACCUAAAACACCGAUACUAUCGCAAGAUCCACUACACACAACCACACGUGUGAGACAACAUUCAAGUACUAUACCGAUUGACCAAUUGACGUCGUUGACCUUGCGAACGCCAAGUACGAGCCUGCAGCUGGGUCCUUCUCGAAAAAGAUCACUAAGUUCGAUUGAUAAAGCACAAAAACAACAACAACAACAACAUCAGUUGGUAAACUUGUUACCGUCUGAUUUCAAUCAACAAAUGAAGGUUGAAAAUGGAUUGCCAUUUUCGACAGACCCAGCCUCAAGUUUGAUCAAUUUAGACGCAAAUACAAUAGCAUUCUCUGCAGCUACAGCAGCAGCAGUUUGUGCAGACUCAGUUGGCGACUUUUACACGACAUCUUCUGGCUAUGAGAAUAAGGGUUCCUUUGACCAACAACAGGGAACCAUAAAUCCGCGCCAGUUGUUUACUACUGGGUUGACAACAUCCUUUAGCUCCCCCAGUUUGUCUUCUGUGUUUGGAUUGAAGAAGAGCAGCAACCUUCAGCAUCACCAACCACAAAACUCAGUUCCACCACCACAGCAACAUUUAACUGAAUCGCCCAUGCUGCAAAAUAUGCUACAAGACAUGCCUCCAAUGAAUCAAUUGGAACCUUUGGCUUUUCCUUCAUUACACAACAGAAGCUUGUCGACACCACAAGUGGAUUUUAGAACAAAUGGGGAUCCUCAAAGAGCUGGCGACUUAUUCGGCAACUCAAGCGACAACAACGGUGUCAAUCUUGUCAGUGCAGAUUUAGAUAUAUCAGAAUCGCUCAAGCCGACUUAUGUGAACAGAAAUAAUGGGUUGUCGAACGGAUCAAUUGGAAAGAACCGGUCGUAUUCCUACACAAAUGGCAUGCAUAGUAGCAAGGGUCAUACAAGAAGAAAUUCAUUGCAGACGGUAUCAAAGGGCAAACAAUUCGCAGGAGCCUCACCUCAACAACAAAGUCAUUUUGCCCAAGCUGUGUCGCAACAGUUGGAUGAGUUGAAAGAACAACAACAAAGUGGAAAGGGGAAACAGCAGCUGUAUAUCGGUCAAGUUGCCUCGUUACAACUUUCGCCUGCUACAGAACCAGCAACAUUUGACAAGAUUAAGGAAGACGAAACAGUUUCCAUAGCACAACCAACUCAGCAGAUGAAGAAGAGAAGAAAGAGUUCAGUGACCAAAUCCAGUGUUCAAGCACAGCAACUAUUGAUCAAGGAACAGUUAGACAAGCUGCUUGAAGGACAUCAAGAACAGGUAUUGCAGAACAACAAAUCCACUUCAAAGUCGGUAUCUCCCACCAAUUCCAAUCAAUUAGACCCAAAAGUGACCAAACACAGCGAUGGCAAGUCGAACAGAAAAGGCGGUGGUGUAGUUGCCAAAGCCAAAAACAGUACCAACGAUUCAACCAAUUUGCAAAACCUUGAUCCAAAGGGGCUUCUUACAGCACCGGUUGUGCAAAAUGAAAAUGGAUGUUUCCCAUGCUCUGAAUGUGACAAGCAGUUUAAGCGCACCGAGCAUCUCAAGCGUCAUAUCCGAUCUGUGCACUCAAAUAUCAGACCCUAUCAUUGCCAUUAUUGUGAACGAAAAUUUUCACGACUGGAUAAUUUGGCACAGCAUAUCAAGACACAUUACAAGAUUGAUGGAUCUGGUAAUACUAAUAUUGUUUAUGGCGAUGUUUCAAACCUUAACAGAAGGGACAAAAAAAAGAAGAAGAAGAAUCUCGGUGCAAUCUAA